ACUCUGCUAACUAGCUUGUCUCCAACAUCGUACCACGAGCCGCUGUCCCCUGCCCCACCACAACUAUUCCACCGCCCAUUAUGGCUCCUAAGACCCCGUCCAAGCCUCGCCAGGGCAAGGUGAGUGUCGUGGUGCUUUUUGCUAAUUGCGAUUUCGCUAAGACCCCCACGUAGCGUCCCCUAUCUAGGUCUCCCUCUGUUGCACGCCUGUCUAAGAGGCCAAUUAGGCCUAAUAAUAUUGUUAUGGACAAAGAAGAGGUUAACACAAUGCUUGUCUCUAAUAACAAGGACAACAUUAAGGAAGUCUCUAAUAAGGCUAAGCAGUCUCCCUAUACUGCGCGUGCCCUUAGGUUUACCAACCUAGAGGUUUGCACUGGCUGCGCUUUAGAGGGUUUUGCCUGCACGUUCUCUAGGGAUGCUUACAAGAGGGGCGCUAAGGUUCGCAAGUCUGCUUGCGACGUAUGUGCUCAGAAGCAGACUGCUUGCAUUAAGCUGCCCUGCAAGACCUUUAGUACUUUAGUAAAGUACAAGGUAGCUUCUUGUGUCUCUAAGAAGCCGUUGCACCUCCUCAAGUACUCUGCGCCUGUCAGGCUAGCGCUAGAGAAGCGCAUGAACCUCCCCAAGCACGCCAAGUUAGACUCUUACCCUCGUUCUAGUUAUAGUGGCGUCGCUGGUUACAACCUUAAGUGGUCUAACUAUAAGGAGGAGAUCAACGCUAUACUCGCCUGUCCUUACCUAGAGGUUAAGUUUACUAAGCGUACCACUCUAGCUUGUGAGGAGAUCCUUUAACAGCAGAAGCAGAUUAUAAGUGUUUCCCUAGGCUUUGUUCCUUCGUGCUUAUAGUUCUGCAGCUUCUGUAUCUGUUGUCUCUUUAUGCGCACGUUCUUGACCUCAGAGCGUCCUUCCGCGAGCGUGUUGGCAUGGCGGC